AUGAUACAAAUUACAUCUUCGACAUUUUUUGGCCUAUUCAGCGAAGAUCCAAAUAUUCUCUUAAUUCGACCCGAUACCGUGACGCUCACUUUGAGGGAAACGGAGACGUUCUUCAUUUUCGAUAUACAGCCUCGAACUGCUGACUUGCUUACGCCAGAUGGUAUAGCGGUUAAAGAACAGAACGAGAAUUACGAAUAUAAAACGAUAGGACCUGGUUCGAAUAGGAAAUUAAUAGAUACCGAAACUCAAACUAUGCAAGUGCUUACGAAAUCUCGAGGAACACACCUCAGCAGAAGGAGACGUAAAAAUCAAGGCAUGUUCGUGAAUAAUUGGGUGAUGUACGACGCUUAUGGUGCCCCUAAAUUGAUGAUUGAAAGAAAUGGUUUGCUCGUCGUGCAUGGAAAGGAAUCUUUGCAAGAAAUGUUGCAAUCAAAGGCUUUGAAAGCUAAACUACCAAAAUCAAAAAUUUACGAGAAGAAGACCUCCGAACAAGAGCAGAUAUAUAUAUUCCAACAUAUCAAUUUCCGGAAUGCCGUACGAGUAAUGGAGCGUAUAAUAUCGAACAACAUUUUCAUUCACGCUCAAAAGCGUUUCACCGGCCUGAUUAAACAGGAUCCAUGUAGCCUUGAUUUGGAGUUCACGUACAGUCCAGACCUCCUCUGGAUUCACGAUUCUGAAGAAACUUCGGGAAGACCAGUAUCUUCAUUCCGCUGGAAUUACGUUAACAGAAGCAUCCUAGCCGUAGGAUAUGGGGCACGAGUUAAUUCAGAAAUUAAAAAUGGCUUGGUGUUACUCUGGUCUGCGAAGAACCCUGGUGUACCGGCUCGUUAUUACAGUUUUGAUAGUCCGGUGUCAGACCUCGAUUGGAGUCGGGAACGGCCGAACUUACUUGCUAUCGGCUACUACAACGGCGAAAUCAAGGUGAUCGACGUAAGCAAUCCAGAUCUCAAUGUCGUACGACGAAGCGAGAAAGCUACAUUUUCGACUUCUCCGCACUGGCAAGUUCAGUGGUGGCCAGGUGACGAGCAAUACGAAUACCAAGAACAAAUUUAUACGUGCAAUCAGGACGGUUGCGUGUUUUGCUAUCGAUACGUCGAAGAUUUCACUUCGUCGAUGAUUAUGAAGGUUUACAGGAUAGAGGGAACGUUGCCGGGUGUCACUAGGACUGUUCAGUGUAACAUUUAUGAUAUAUCAAUCAGUCGAAGCCCUGGGGUAUUGACACUACGGAAGCAUCCUACUUUGAGUACCAUUUAUUUCGUGGGUACGGACGAAGGUUGUAUCUACAAAUGCUCCACGAAUUAUUUAUAUCAACAUAUAGACAGUUUUCUAGCGCACGAUGGACCAAUUUACUCGAUGAUGUUCUCUCCGUUCUGUUCAAAAAUCUUCCUAACCUGUGGCGCCGACUGGUGCAUUCGAAUCUGGGCAGAAGGAUUGACAGAUCCACUGAUUACUAUGUCCACAACUAUGGCAUGCGUUCGAUACGCAGCUUGGUCUCCCGUCCAUUCCACGAUCAUAGUAAGCAUCGUCAAUAACGAGAUCUGUAUAUGGGAUAUCAGACGAAAGAUAUACAAACCUGCGUCGGUGACAACGUCACCCAACACCAACAGAUUUAUUAUGGUUGAUUUUACGGCAAAUGGUAACCAACUUGUGGCGGCGGAUGUGGAAGGUGUUGUAUAUGUGUAUAAUCUUGAGGGAAUGCCAUUUCCGCCGUACAGUCAGGAACAGGUGCUGGUAGAGUCGAUCGAGAAGGCUUUAAUCACGAAACCGAUACUCCUGAAGAAUCUAAAGAAGCUCGGACCGCCAUUUUCUCGAUAA